UUGAUUGGGGGUGUAAAUCAAGAUCGCGAUCUUUACUCGGAGUGUCAUUAAUGCAAAAGCUGAUCAUACAACAUUAGCUCGUACUCUAUAUAUAAGAGAUGCAACAAAUUAAAGACGUACUAUUACGUAAUAAGCACUAAUUAAUGGCACUCUUUUGUGUAACAGCAGCGCCUCUAGGUUAUGAAAAUAUCUCCAUACAUACCCAUCAACAUCAAAAAGGUACAACCAAGAGCUCUCUAGACUUCACCUUCCUUAGAAAAAAGCUAAACUCAAAGAAUAACACGAAAGCCUUUAUUUGUAAAGGUCUUGAAAAUAAUGGUGUAACAUCACCCACUUUAACCACAUCACCAACAGAUCAGUUGGUGGUGGCACCGGCACCGCUUCCAAAGCAGCCGUCGGUGGAAGUGCCAGAGCCAUCCGUGGAUGGGAGCACUAUGUCAGUGGUGUUGGCUCCUGGCCUGGAGCCUGCCACUAUCUCUAUACCAACUCAUAUCAAGAGAUCUGAUUUCCCUUCUGAUUUUAUUUUUGGUGCCUCCACUUCUGCUCUUCAGACUGAAGGAAAUGGAAAAGAAGGGGGGAGAGCACCAAGCACAUGGGAUUCCAUGAUAUCAAGUGGUGGGAAUCAGAUGGCUAUCGAUUCAUACAGCCUCUAUCAGGAUGAUGUGAGUCUGUUGAAGGAAAUGGGAAUGACUGCUUAUAGGUUUUCCAUUUCAUGGUCGAGAAUAUUGCCUUAUGCUGGUUACGAUAACACUAUCGUGAAUCAACAAGGAAUUGAAUUCUACAAUAAUUUGAUCGAUGAACUGGUUGCUAAUGGAAUCACCCCUUUCGUGACUAUGUUUCACUUCGACCUCCCUCAGAGUAUACAAGACAAGUAUAGCGGCUUUUUGAGCAAGGAUAUCAUAGAGGAUUUCAAAUACUACACAGAUUUAUGUUUUAAGACAUUUGGUGAUCGAGUGAAAAACUGGAUAACAAUAAAUGAGCCAUAUAAUUUUGGUUCGUUUGGAUACAAAGAAGGACUACCCGCGAACAGUCAGGUUGAGCAAAGUCCAUUUGUUGCCACACACAACAUAAUCCUAUCUCAUGCUGCUGCUGUCCAAAACUACAGAGAUAAUUAUAAGCAAGCUCAAGGUGGCAAAAUUGGCAUCUCGCUAUCAUCUUUGUGGUUCGAGCCUUAUGACAGAAAAAAUGAACAUCAUAUAAAAGUUCAAAAGGCAUCUUUGGCCAUGAUGUUGGGUUGGUACAUGGAUCCACUGUUCUAUGGCGAAUAUCCCAAAAUAAUGCAGGAACUUGUCAUUGGAGGGCUUCCCAAAUUUACCCCUGAAGAAAAAGAAAUGGUGCAAGGCUCCUAUGAUUUCAUAGGCCUCAAUUACUAUACUUCAAGAUAUGUGACACCCUCUCAUGUAUCUACUAUUGAUACCACCUACGGGCAGUGUCGCGUGGAGUUCAUAGAGCAAACAGUAACAAACAAGGAUGGGAAGUUGAUUGGAUCUCCAGCUCCACAAAGUACUGAUAUUUAUGUGGUUCCUACCGGAUUGAGAGACUUGCUUCUUUACGUCAAGCAUGCAUACAACAACCCAGAAGUAUAUGUGACUGAGAAUGGUAUUCCUUCAAUGCCCACAAUCACGGGCUCCAUUAGGGAUUUAGUUGCGGAUAAAAACAUCGAAGAAAUUAAGGAAGCGCUGCUUGAUGGGUACCGGAUCAAUGACAUUAGCGAUUAUCUCUUCAAUCUUCGUGAAACUUUGGCGGAUAUAACAUAUGAUCAGGACCAGAAGCGCGUGCCUACAAAUGUGAAGGGAUACUUUGUGUGGUCAUUGGUAGACAAUAUGGAAGUAGCAGAUGGAGGCUAUAAUAUUCGAUAUGGCCUAAACUAUGUGGAUUAUCUUGAUAGGCAUAGGCGUUACCGUAAGGCAUCUUCUAUGUGGUUCACUCAUUUCCUCAAUCCCAAUGGGGACGAAACACCAAAUGUAAAUUAAGUGCUGCCUUAAGCAGGGUGAUGUUUUCGACUUUAUUGAUGAAACGCCAAACUGAAAUGUACAAUUUAUGAUUGUAUGUUCAAUGUUUUAUGUAUUUUUUUUUUCUCGCACAGGGACCCUGUGGUUAAAAAAAUAAUUCUAUUGGACUUCUCGCAGGUCAGUCAA